AUACAACUAUGAGGAACAUAUUCCAGUUCGUUCCUUUCUUAAAACAUAAUGGAUUUUGGGAAUGUUAUUUCACAAUAGCUUUCAUGACAAAUCUUCCCCUUCGUCUCUUUUUUUUUUUUUUUGGAAUGCUAUAAUUGUUCAACGGACAACCCUCUAAACAGAAUAAAAUAUAUAAAUAAAACAGAAUAAAUUGUAUAAAUAAAACAGAAAUAAAAGCUCUACAGCUCAAUCCCCAUUAACAAAUAAAAGGGACGGGGCUGGCUAGUAUGCGUUUUAAGUGGUCCCCUUCUCUCUCUAUGGCAACCUACUUUUAAUUGCACGACUAAUUCUUCCCCAUGUCAAAGUAGCCGUUGCACCUCUCCCUGUCUUCCCAUUUAAAUAUGUCCCUAAUUACCAAUUCUCUUUUCAACCAAGAAAUCCGUGUCUCCAUUUCCGCUCCUCUCUCUCUCUCUCUCUCUCUCUCUCUCUCUCUCUCUCUAUUUCUGAUCACCAUCUCUCUCUCCUCGCUCACUCACUCUGACCCUUCUCUCAUCAAAUCAAGGUCAGACAAUAAAACAUGUUUCAUCAAAUCAGCUCCACUCUAUUGGAAAACAAACGCCUCUCAAUUCCUUUGCUCUCUGCCUCAGCAAGAAGCCCUACUAGCAGCAUUAGCAGCAACAGCAGAAGCACAAGCAGCGAGGUAGAUGAAAGCCCGCGGGAUUCAGGCCAUUUCGAGCUCCAAGAUCAUGUCAAGUGUCAAUCUCCAUGUGUACCCUUUUCGGGGUCUUUCUCGUAUCGAUCAUUGGCGGUGCUCUCUGGCCAUGUAGGCUCAGUUUCAUGCUUGGCCUUAUGUGGGGAAUUCAUUCUCAGUGCUUCACAAGGCAAAGACAUCAUAGUGUGGCAACAGCCUGAUUUGAGGCCUUUCACCAAGUUUGGACAAGGUGAUGGCUCUGUCAAGGCACUUGUCACCGUUGGGAACAAGGUCUUUACAGCUCACCAGGAUAGCAGGAUUAGAGUUUGGAAGGUUUCACGGCGAUCGGAGAAUGUGUUUAGGCUUGUUGAUACACUUCCCACAACUAAAGAUUAUUUGGGGAAGUUCAUGAAGCAGAGCAAUUAUGUCCAAAUUCGGAGACAUCACAAGCGAUUGUGGAUCGAACACGCCGAUAGUAUAUCUUGUUUGGCCUUCUAUAACGGCUUGAUUUACUCUGGAUCAUGGGAUAAGACUCUUAAGGUGUGGAGGAUCUCGGAUUUGAAGUGCAUAGAAUCCAUCAAGGCUCAUGAUGAUGCUAUUAAUGGGCUGGUGGCAUGUAAUGGGAUUGUGUAUUCUGCUUCUGCAGAUGGAAAAAUUAAAGCUUGGGGAAAAGAGGGGAAGAGCUCACAUUGUUUGAAGGGUAUUUUGGAGGGUCAUAAGGAUGUUUCACUUAAUUCUGUGAUCGUUUCUGAGGAUGGUAGAUGGGUUUAUGGAGGCUGUUCGGAUGGGUUUGUGAUGGGAUGGCAAGGGAGUUGUGGUGAUGUUCAAAAUCAAAUUGAGAGCUGGAAGUUGGUUUGUGAAACAAAAGCACAUCAAAUGGCUGUUUUGUCUAUGUGUUUGAUGGGGGAGAUGUUGUGCAGUGGCUCAGCUGAUAAGAGCAUUGGCAUAUGGAAGAGAGAGGCUUUUGGCAAGCUUUGUAAAGUUGGGAUCAUUAGUGGCCAUGAGGGGCCAGUUAAGUGCUUGCAGGCAUCACCAAAUAAUGUUGGUGGAGGUUUCAUGUUGUAUAGUGGAGGCCUUGACAAGAGCUUAAGGGUUUGGUGGGUUCCCAAGCCCUCUAAUAAUAGAGCAGAGGAAACCACAGAGGAAAAGUCCAUCAUCUUAUGCUAGGAAAUGUUUCAAGUUGCUGUUGCAGAAAGAUUGAAGAGUUCACUGAGGUUCAAGGACAGAGAAAGGGGCAAUUUUUGAAGCCUCAAAUUUGGUUUUUGUUGUAACUUGUAACAUAUAUCUUUCUUUCUUAACUUCAUUUCAAAGAAUUGGGUGUAAAUUUCUAGGAAUACUAGGGAAAGUGGUGUGGUUUUUUGUUUGUCAGUAUAGUCAUUACAUUUGCUGUCAAAUUGUCAAUUGUAUUUAGGGUUUUGAUGGAUUCAACAAAUUAAAGAGUCAAUAAUAUUUUCUUGUAGUUGCAUGAUUGUGUUUCUGAAUAAAAAGUCAUUUCUCAUCA